AUGGACGUCGAGAGCGCGGCGCGCGACAUGCACGCCCUCCCCGGGCUCGUCGUCCUCGUCAGCGUGCCCCUCGUCGUCACCAUCCUGAGCCUCGCGCGCCUGUCGUCGUCGCUCGUCCAGGGGAGCACCACGAGCAACGGCGGUGGCGGCGAUGGAGCAACGCUGGCGCGCCACCAGCGAGGCUACUCCAUCAGCGCGUGA